UUUUGGCCAAGGCAGGCCUUGCUGUAGAUGAUGGUGCGCUUCGUGCGCUUGAACGUGAUCCACAAGCACCAGGGAGGGAGAGGGUGGCAGGCAGUGCAAGAGCCGGGACUGAACUUUCCCCCACAGCGCAGCUGGGCCUCAAGGGCUCCUUCAUCUUUCCCAAAACAUUCGACUUCCGGACCCAUCAUGCUGCGCCCACGAGGACGUCAGUCUUGUCACGUGUUCCGGUGGUGGUGGAGGAGGAGGGAUGCAGCCCAUCUGCCAGAACUAUUUUCUACUUUUAUCAACAUGGAAAGCUCAGAGGCUAAUAAUAAAGGAAAUAUCAAUCAGUCGGAAGCUCAGCGCCGGAGUCAGCUGGACCGGUUGGACCGAGAAGAAGCUUUCUAUCACUUUGUAAAUAAUCUGAGUGAAGAAGAUUACAGGCUGAUGAGAGAUAACAACUUACUAGGCACUCCUGGUGAAAUUACGGAAGAAGAGCUGCUAAGAAGGCUGCAGCAAAUUAAGGAAGGCCCACCCCAGCAGCACACUGAAGACAGCAGAGGUUCCGAGUCCACAGAAGAUGUGUCUAAUGGCGAUUCCAUAAUAGAUUGGCUUAAUUCAGUUCGGCAAACGGGGAAUACGACACGAAGUGGGCAGAGAGGCAACCAGUCGUGGAGAGCAGUAAGCCGGACUAAUCCAAACAGUGGAGAUUUCAGAUUUAGUUUGGAGAUAAACGUCAACCGCAAUAAUGGGAACCCAAGUACAGAAACCGAGGGGGAGCCACCCGUAGAAACCCCCCCUGGGGAGGACCUAGAAAACAGCCAAAGUGACACUGAGACUUCGAGAUCAGCCUCUCCCCCAGUUGUAAGGCCGAGCUCCUCUCCUCCCGUGGCCAGGCAGCCUGACUCAGAAAUGAGUUAUCCCGAAGAACUGAGUGAAGACAUCUCGCUUCAGAGAGGCCAGAGAAGGUCAAGAAGCCGAAGCCCUGAACAACGAAGAACACGGGCAAGGACUGAUAGAAGUAGAUCCCCUCUUAAUCCAGUGAGUGGAUCUCCUCGCAGGAUACAUCACAAUACAUCUUCUCAAACCCCGGAUCUUCCCUUGGUCGCUGAAGCAGAAGGAAGUUCUAGAACAAGGCAGCAUAUGAUCAUACGUCAACAUGCCACAAAUUCUGAGGCGCCUGCUGAAAAUACUGUUCUCUUUUCGACCUCUGAAGCCAGGCCUGUCCCUCAGGCAGUGAGUUCUUCAGAAACGACUGGCAGUGCGGAGCCCCCAGCCCCUGGACAGAGACCCCCGACCAUAGUGCUUGACCUGCAAGUGAGACGGGUUCGUCCGGGAGAAUACAGGCAGAGAGACAGCAUAGCCAACCGAACUCGAUCCAGGUCCCAGACGCCAAACAAUACAGUCACUUAUGAAAGUGAGCGAGGGGGAUUUAGACGUACCUUUUCACGCUCGGAAAGGGCGGGGGUGAGAACUUAUGUUAGCACCAUUAGGAUUCCCAUUCGCAGAAUCCUGAACACAGGCCUGAGCGAGACCACCUCAGUUGCCAUUCAAACCAUGUUAAGACAAAUCAUGACUGGCUUUGGUGAGCUCAGUUACUUCAUGUACAGCGAUAGCGACGCCGAUCCCGGGGGCUCGGCACCAGCCCCGAAUGUGGAGACGGCAGAGCCCCAGCCCGGAGGGGGCAGUGGAAAUGGCCACUUGAUCCCUGAAGCUCCUGAGGCUGGAUUGGGAGAGGCCUAUGAAGGCAGCCCUGAAGGGGGCCCCACAACCGGCCCGAGACGGGAGGGGCGGAACACAAGGGGCUCCGUUACUUUUGAAGAAAGUGGUUCCUUGCCAUUCCUUAGCUUGGCCCAGUUUUUCCUGCUCAAUGAAGAAGACGAUGACCAGCCCAGAGGACUCACCAAAGAACAAAUUGACAACCUCGCCAUGAGGAAUUUUGGCGAGAGCGACGCUCUGAAAACCUGUAGUGUUUGUAUCACCGAAUACACCGAGGGGAAUAAGCUUAGAAAACUACCUUGCUCCCACGAGUAUCACGUGCACUGCAUAGAUCGCUGGCUAUCUGAAAAUUCCACUUGCCCAAUUUGCCGCCGAGCCGUCCUGGCUUCGGCUAACCGGGAGAGUGUUGUCUAAGCCACCGCGGUAUCCUUUCAGCUGAUUACGUGAUGAGGGAGCGAUGGGCAAGACGCUGCUUGCAACGGCCACUUUUUGUGUGGUGGUUAUAAAUACAAAACAAAGAAUAGUGUGAUUUCCUCUUAUGAAAUGGAAUUUCUUUUUUCUUUUUUUAAA